AUGAGACUCCCGCUGGCUUUCGCUGUGCUCCUCCUGGCCUCUGCGCGGGCUCUGGCCGAGGAGAUGGGCGCCUCCGACGACCUCAGCUACUGGUCGGACUGGUCCGACGGCGACCAGGCGAAG